GAAAAAAUUCACUUGCAAUUUGCAAAGAAUCUAAAAACCUACACUCCCAACUUUCUGUUCAGUUUUUAGGUUUAAACAAAGUUCACUCGAGCAUAACUUUUUGACUCGUUUAUUAAGAAGUCGAGCUGAUUCGUUUAUGAAAGGAGCAUGAAUUCAAAGGGAAGCUGCUCAGCACGAAUUGCAAUAGUGUUAAUCGAAGUUUCACGAAGACUUCUUUGUUCUUUUGAGUUGAUUUGUUCUGUUCAUGGAUAAAUCAUGUUGCCGUCCACACUCGAAAAACGCCGGAAAAAAAGCCAUAAAUUUCCUACGUGGAUUUUCUUGAGUAGAACCGUUCAUUGAGUUCCACGUGCUAAAAAUCUCCUCCUUUAAUUAUAAAAUUUGUUUUUUUAAAUUCAAUUAUUUAUUCUUAUCCUGAGUUGGUACUUGGUACGAGCUUGCUCAGUUAAUUUCUGGACGAAAAAAAAGGAAAAGAAAAUAAAAAUGGCGGCCGCCAUGGCCGUUCCUUCACCAAAUUCUUCUUCUUCCUUAGCUCAUCGCGACCUGACAUGCAGUUUCCUCAGUGGCUCACCGGUGAGGGUCCUCUGCGUUGACGUGAAAUCCAUGAGAAGAAAGGACAAAAAAGGAGUAGGUCUUGUGGUUGCCGCCGCCGCCGCAGGCGGCGAAGCCACCGGCGUAGGAAGGUUUUAUUUCAACUUCACUGGAUUUCCGUUUCCCCUCGGUCCUUUCCUAAAUCGCCGCACUAUUAGAUACGAGGCUGUGAAAGACAGCAUAUGGCUGUUCGAACAAGAGCAAGCGCUAGGUUUCAGCAGUGUGUCGACAAACAUCCGAAUGACGGUUAUCAAGCUCAAAUCUGGAGGAUUAUGGGUUCAUGCCCCUAUUGCUCCUACCAAAGAGUGCAUCCAGCUUGUGAAAGAACUAGGCGCUCCUGUGGAGUAUAUAAUCCUACCCACGUUUGCUUACGAGCAUAAAAUAUUUGUCGGACCCUUUUCAAGAAAGUUCCCGAAAGCUCGGGUGUGGGUUGCACCUCGGCAGUGGAGUUGGCCCCUGAACUUACCCCUCCAAUUUUUCGGGAUUUUUCGAGCCAAAACAUUGAAAGAUGAGGACUCAUUAGCCCCAUGGGCUGAUGAAAUCGAACAGAAAGUCUUGAGCUCUCCUGAAGUUGGAAUCGGACCAUAUGUUGAGGUGGCAUUUUAUCAUAAGCGAACGAGGACUCUACUCGUAACAGAUGCAGUGAUAUAUGUCCCGAGGCAGCCACCCGAGUGUAUUAGCAAAGAAUCUUUAUUAUCGUCUGCUAAGAAUGGUUUGGCCGUAAAAAUUCUUAGUAAAGGGAAAAAAGUCCCUGAGGAACCAGUUGUUGACAACAAACUGAACAGACAAAAGGGAUGGGAAAGAAUGGUCCUUCAGAUUUUGUUCCUUGGCCCCUCGAAUCUGUUGGAACCAAACGCGAGUUUUUCUCAGAUGUCACAGAAGCUGAUAGUCUCGCCCAUUGUGAAGACACUUGUUUUCAGCAAAGUUCCUGAAAAGGCAAGUUUUGAUCCAUUACUACAUGAAGUUAAAGAUUGGAUCGACCGAAUCACAAGGGAUUGGAGGUUCAAGCGUAUAAUCCCUGCUCAUUUCGCAGGCCCGAUUAAUGCAAACAGGUCCGAUUUUUUGGCCGCAUUCGCAUUUCUCGAUGAUCUUCUUGGCAAAAAAUACAUUACGGGCCCUUCUUUUUCCCUACUUUUCGCAUCACUAUUGGGAAAGACCGCCAGCUAUUUCCCACCCGACGAUAUGAGAACCCUUUCGUCUCUCGAUGAGUUCUUGGUUUCGGUUGGAGCUGUCAAGAAAACUGUCUCGGGCCGAAUUUGGUUUUCUUCCAAUUUACUUUUUAACAUUUCUAAAACUUUUAUGGCUUAUGAAAGAGAAGAAUGCAUAAACAGAAGCCAGAGUAAAGCUCACAGCUCAAUGGGGAAUUCGACCCCAAAAUCGGCUUCUGUAGUUAAUAAACGAGCCGUGGACCCACAUUAUCUUCGUUCAUCCACUGGUUCUUGUCACGAUUUCUGUAAGUACGGAAAAAACAAACAUUCGUCUGAAGAGAAGGCAAGAAAACCUUUGCUCGACGAUAUAGUCGAGAAAAAGAAAGAAAAAAAUGCCGACAACAAGCCAAAAACGGACACCAAAAUCCGCUCGCUCGAUUUAAACUUGUCUCCCGACAUCAGAUUCGAGUUCGACACGCCAAAGCUGAAGACAUCCUUUGAUAAGAAAAAGGUUGUAAAAAAAGAGACUUCAUCACCAGAUACUAAAAAAAUCCUCUCUCCUGAUAGAAUAAACUCCUUACAAAGACCCAAAAACUCCUCUGUUUUCAAAACUGGUUCCAUGAAUAAAAAUGCUUCCUCUAGAAAUAAGCCGAUAUUCAAAAAGCCCAAACCUUUAGAUCCACCGGAUUUUGUCAAGAGUGUGUGUUUUCCUUCUAAAAGCAACGAAAACCUGGUGAAAAAUGUCUCGUCGGGUGAUAACCGAACAUCGACAGUUGAGACGUCGAGUUCCUCUCAUGUAAAGUCAAAACCGGUCAAGGUUGUUAAACCGGCAUUAUCUUCUUCUGGCAAUUUGGAUCUUAAACAUAGAAAGGGGUUAAAGAACACCGAAUCUGGAAAGAAAGUCAUCAAGAGGAGUUACAGCAAUUCAAUAAAAAAUGGAAAUGCAAAUUCGGAGUCUCGUUUGAAGGACAUAAAUAGAACGAGAAGAGUUGUUAAUGAGAAUAAAAUCCUUCACGUUAUCGAGUCAAAAAAUGCGAAUAGUGCGUCCAAACGUAACGUGGAGCCCGUUUUAUCACUUUCACCAUCUCAUGAAAAAUCUCACCUUUUGUCGUCUCGUGAGGAAAAGGUAAAACACAGUAAGACUCUGAAAAGGUCAAAUUCGACUUUUUCUGAAGAUUACAAAACUCGGUCUCCCAUGAAGCUGAAUUUCAGAAAUGGGAAAGUCGUGGAUGCAACUGAUGAAAGGAAAAAUGAUUUAAGGAGAAAAUUAUUCAAAAAGGCUGCUGCUGUUAGAAAGACUCGUGAGGAGGUUUCAUCUGAAAAGGUUGUCUUAAAGCACCGGAUUGAACAGGGGAAGAAGAAGGGUCAUCAAGGUUUAUUUAACAAUGUUAUCGAGCAAACUGCAAGUAAGCUCGUUAAGAGUAGGAAAAGUAAGGUUAAAGCUCUUGUGGGAGCUUUUGAAUCUGUAAUCUCCUUACAAGAGGGUAAAAAUACUUCUCUCCAGACUAUUUCUAGUGAUUCGGCUGACUGCUUUGCUCAUCAACACGCUCGUGUUCAGUCUCUGCAUCAAAAUCCAAUCCUUCAAUCUGCUGCAUAUCUUAGCCGCAUCAUGUCCUCUGCAUUCCACCACAAUAUCUCUUCCUUUCUUGCUCUGUCUGUCACGGUGAGUUUGAUCAAGCGGUAA